AUGUCUACUAGUAUCUAUUCAUCUACCGAACCCACGACAUCGGCAUUCAACACUGAUGAAUAUAAUCCACAGUUAGUGGAAGGUGUGGAAUCAGUGCUUGUUAUCGGUUCUGGUGGUCUUUCGAUCGGUCAGGCCGGUGAGUUCGAUUAUUCUGGUUCUCAAGCUAUCAAAGCUUUGAAAGAAGCUAACAAAAAGACAAUUUUGGUGAACCCUAACAUUGCCACCAAUCAGACCUCUCAUUCUCUUGCAGACGAGAUUUAUUAUUUGCCUGUCACUCCGGAGUAUAUUACCUAUAUCAUCGAACGCGAAAGACCAGAUGCAAUUUUGCUAACAUUCGGUGGUCAAACAGGGUUGAACUGUGGUGUCGCUUUGGACAAAGCUGGCGUACUAGCUAAAUACAACAUUAAGGUCUUGGGUACCCCAAUUAAGACUCUAGAAACAUCAGAGGAUAGAGACCUUUUCGCUCAAGCUCUAAAAGAGAUCGACAUUCCAACUGCUGAGUCCAUUGCCUGUGAAACCGUUGAUGCUGCUUUGGAAGCUGCUGACAUUGUUGGAUUCCCAGUAAUUGUUAGAUCUGCUUACGCUCUUGGUGGUUUAGGAUCUGGUUUUGCUAAUAACGCUCAAGAAAUGAAACAAUUAGCUUCUCAAUCUCUUUCUUUGGCACCUCAAAUUCUUGUCGAGAAAUCUUUGAAGGGCUGGAAAGAAGUGGAAUACGAAGUGGUUAGAGAUCGUGUCGGAAAUUGUAUUACUGUGUGUAACAUGGAAAAUUUUGAUCCACUAGGUAUCCAUACAGGUGAUUCUAUCGUUUUUGCACCUUCUCAAACUCUAUCCGAUGAGGAGUUCCAUAUGUUGAGAAGCGCAGCAAUCAAGAUUAUUAGACACUUGGGUGUCAUCGGUGAAUGUAACGUACAAUAUGCUUUAAGUCCAGACAGUUUAGAUUAUAGAGUCAUUGAAGUGAAUGCACGUUUGUCUCGUUCAUCCGCUUUGGCCUCAAAAGCUACCGGUUAUCCAUUGGCUUAUACUGCCGCCAAGAUUGCAUUAGGAUACACUUUACCUGAACUUCCUAACCCAAUCACCAAGACAACAGUUGCAAAUUUCGAACCAUCUUUGGAUUACAUUGUCGCUAAGAUCCCACGUUGGGAUUUAUCGAAGUUCCAGCACGUGAACAGAUCCGUCGGUUCAUCUAUGAAAUCUGUCGGUGAAGUUAUGGCAAUCGGUAGAAAUUUUGAAGAAGCUUUCCAAAAGGCCAUCAGACAAAUCGACCCUUCAUUCAUUGGAUUCCAAGGGUCUGAUGAAUUUGAUGAUUUGGACAAUGCUUUGAGUGAACCUACCGAUAGAAGAUGGUUGGCUGUCGGACAAGCUUUGAUCCAUGAAGGAUAUUCGGUGGAAAAGGUCCAUGAAUUAACCAAAAUUGACUCAUGGUUCCUAUUCAAGUGUAUGAACAUAGUCGACAUGUAUAAAGAUUUGGAACAGGUUAAUGACCUGGAAUCUUUGGACAAAGAACUGCUACUUGAAGCGAAGAAACUAGGUUUCUCUGAUGCUCAAAUCGCACUAUGUUUGAACAAGGGUAGUGACUCAAGAACCUCAGAAUUAGAAGUUAGAAGUUACAGAAAAUCCUUUGGAAUCGUUCCGUUUGUCAAACGAAUUGACACCCUAGCCGCAGAAUUCCCUGCUCAAACAAACUAUUUAUACACUACUUACAAUGCUACUAAGAGUGAUAUCGAAUUCACUGAUAAUGGUGUUCUAGUGCUCGGCUCAGGUGUCUACAGAAUAGGUUCAAGUGUGGAAUUCGAUUGGUGUGCUGUUAACACCACAAAGGCCCUCAGAAAAGAAGGGAAGAAAACUAUUAUGAUAAAUUACAAUCCUGAAACGGUUUCCACAGAUUUUGAUGAAGUUGACAGAUUGUAUUUCGAAGAACUCUCUUUCGAGCGUGUCAUGGAUAUUUACGAGUUGGAGAAUUCUGAAGGUUGUGUCAUCUCCGUUGGUGGUCAACUUCCACAGAACAUCGCUUUGAAACUUCUUCACAAUGGUGCUCACAUAUUGGGUACCUCUCCUGAAGACAUUGACAAGGCUGAAAACAGACACAAGUUCUCAACUAUUCUGGAUUCUAUCGGCGUCAAUCAACCAGAAUGGAGUGAGUUGUCUUCUGUUGAAGAAGCUAAAGUAUUCGCUAAUCAAGUGGGAUACCCGGUUUUAAUUCGUCCAUCGUACGUGUUGUCUGGUGCUGCUAUGAGUGUUGUUACUGGUGAGCACGAACUUGAAGUAAAACUUACCACAGCUUCGGACGUCUCUCCAGAUCAUCCAGUUGUUAUGUCUAAGUUCAUCGAAGGUGCUCAAGAAAUUGAUGUGGACGCUGUAGCACAUAAUGGUAUGGUAUUAGUUCAUGCUAUUUCUGAACACGUAGAAAACGCUGGUAUUCACUCUGGUGAUGCAACGUUAGUCCUACCUCCACAAAAUCUGUCUCAAAAUAUCAAAGAUAGAUUGAAAGAGAUUGCUGACAAAGUUGCAAAGGCAUGGAAUAUUACAGGUCCUUUCAACAUGCAAAUUAUCAAAGAUGAUAGAGAUGAAGGUGUUUCCUUGAAGGUCAUUGAAUGUAAUAUCAGAGCUUCCAGAUCCUUCCCAUUUGUCUCAAAAGUUUUAGGUGUUAACUUCAUAGAAGCAGCUGUUCAAGCAUUUUUGAGCAAGGAUGUUCCCGAACCUGUAAAUCUAAUGGACAAAGCAUAUGACUAUGUUGCAACCAAGGUUCCACAAUUUUCUUUCACCAGACUAGCCGGAGCUGAUCCAUUUUUAGGUGUCGAGAUGGCAUCCACCGGUGAGGUUGCGUCCUUCGGUAGCAAUGCGUUAGAGAGUUACUGGACUGCUAUUCAAAGUACAAUGAAUUUCAAUGUUCCUCUCCCACCAAGUGGUAUUCUCUUCGGGGGUGACCUAUCUAAGAACUAUCUAGGUGAAGUGGUGAAAUAUGUUGCACCAUUGGGUUACAAGUUAUAUGCUACCAAUGAGGAUACCAAGAAAUAUUUGGAGACGUUCAGCAAGGGCGUUUCAGUCGAACUAAUCGAAUUCCCAAAAAAUGACAAGAGAAAGUUGCGUGAACUCUUCCAAGCCAAGGAUAUCAGUGCUGUAUUCAAUCUUGCCGCCAAGAGAGCAGAGAGCCUAGAAGAUGUAGAUUAUAUCAUGAGAAGAAAUGCUAUUGACUUUGCCCUUCCAUUAUUCAAUGAGCCACAAACUGCUAUGCUAUUUGCGAAAGCUAUGAGUCUGAAGAUUGCAGAAAAGGUGAAGGUUUUGGAAUCUAAGGAUGUUAUUGUUCCUCAUGAAGUCCGUACCUGGAGUGAGUACUUACACUGCAAACCAAUUUAA